CCCAUGCAUUUCUACAUGGUUGGACGUGAAUGUCAUGGUUUUUUCAGGCUCUUUUACAGGGUGGUCAGCUUGGCUAAGCCUGUAAUGGCAGACGUCACGUUUUAGUAACGUGUUCUGUUGUGUAAGAGUCUGGUCUUGGUAAGAACAAAAAUGUAUUGUGUCAUUUACGUAGAGCACCGUAAAUCGGAUAAUUGCUUGGCAGAAUUUGUCUUUAUUGGGACUCGGAGCUGGUUUCGCGGACUCGGAUUAAGCCAAAAUCCUGGACUUAGAGGUACUUUGAAUGAGUUUCUUCAUUCCUGAAUGCCAUUUAGUGCAGGACAAGCCUUAGUUUGUGGCAUUCAAAUCUGAUUUUCUACUGUACAGCUACUCCAACACCCCCUUUACGCCCAGAGGUCAGCACCACCCUAUAGACGCCCCGUCUGUUGCUAACGCAGCUCAGUGCUAUGGGCAGUGCUGCUGCUAUUCCCAGCUAGUACAGGUACUGUUAUUCAAAGCACUAGUAAUGACGGUCAAUUAUACAAACAUUAUUUUUAAAAAUGUCAAUUCCAAUAUAAUGCUUUUACUUCUCCAGUUACUAUUAUUAAGGUGCUACUAUUAUACAAGGAUGCAUCUAAAAGUACUACAAUCACAAUGAAGCUGUUGCUACAAUCCAUUAAUUCCACUGUUGAUAUCCUUGCUCCUACUAUAAGUCGUUAGUAGUAGUGUUUUGUACUACAAACCCUACAACGGUAGUACAUCAUGAUAAUUAUUAAUAAUAGCCUCAGACUGCAACCUGUGCUUGGUUUUUUUUAAUCAAUGGACCACUUAAGACAAAGUUCAUUGGAUUUUUCCGGAUAUUAAUAAUACCUCUUUUUCAAAUACAAGAAGCCAUUGCGCCAGGCAGCCACCAGUUUCCCACACAAUGCCGCGACCGAUGGGCCUCCGCUUUUCGGCGGCCCGAGGUCGCCACUCCCACGGCGACGUAUGUUCUUACGUAGAAGCCUCUGUAUGCGCUUUUCAACGGCUAUUGUCCAAUCCGAUGCAAUUGGCGUAUGGUGCGUUAAAGUAUAUAUUUAUACAUGCAGCACGCCAAGCAACGCUUUAUUUGUUUCCUUACCGCAUGAGUCGGACCUCCUUUUCCGGUGUCUCCGCCUGAAAAAUACAGUAUGGGGGAAUAGAUAGCGGGGUGGAAACCCGUAAGACACAAAGGAGCUCAUCAGUCAGUUCGGCUGCUGUUAUAUGUGAGGCUGUGCACAGUCGGAGCAGCUGCAGAUUAAAAUGCAGGCUUUCUCGGCUUUACGCCGGCUCGUAAGCGCAGUGUGCAGCCGGCCGGCGCUGCCACGCUGCGGGAUCUGCGGGACGGCGUCUGACACGCUCCAGCCGGGGUUUGGCCUGCUAUUUGAUAUCGAUGGCGUUCUUGUUCGAGGGCGGACGCCCAUUCCCGCAGCGAGGAAGGCCUUCCAGAAGCUGCUCAGUCCCCAGGGCCGCUUCGUGGUGCCUGUGGUCUUCGUCACAAAUGCAGGGAAUUGUCUACGUCAGACCAAAGCAGACCAGCUCUCACAUAUCCUGGGAGUGCCGAUCACCCAGGAUCAGGUCAUGAUGUCACACAGUCCUCUGAGAAUGUUCAGGAAGUACCAGGACAAGUGUGUGCUGGUGUCUGGACAAGGACCUGUGCUGGACAUCGCCAAAAAUUUGGGCUUUGAGAAGGUACUGAGCAUCGACAUGCUUCGAGAGUUCUUCCCCCUGCUGGAUGUGGUGGACCACAACCGGCGCCCUAAACUCCCGUCGUCCUCCAUUGCUAAUAUCCCCCAAAUUGAAGCCAUUAUUCUUUUUGGUGAGCCCAUUCGGUGGGAAACCAACCUGCAGCUUAUCGUUGACAUUCUUCUGACCAAUGGAAACCUGGGCCACGCCCACCAGAAUCUGAAGGUGCCCCAUCUUCCACUGUUGGCCUGCAACAUGGACCUCAUGUGGAUGGCAGAGGCUCACUCCCCACGGUUUGGUCAUGGAGCCUUCCUAGUCUGCCUGGAGAACAUCUACAAGAAGAUAACGGGCAAAGAACUGAAGUACGAGGCCCUAGUGGGGAAGCCCAGCGAGCUGACGUACCAGUACGCCGAAUACCUAAUCCGAGAGCAAGCCUUGGAGAGGAAGUGGAGCCGGCCAAUUCAGUCCCUGUAUGCCGUUGGGGACAACCUCAUGACUGACAUCUAUGGUGCUAACCUGUACAACCGCUACCUCGAAGAGCGGCUCGCCAGGAAGAAAAGGAAGGCAGUGGCCAAGAUGGCCACCGUCACGGGCUCCUCGGGCAUGCUGUCUCAGGAGGAUGAGCUGGAUGGACCUUGGGAGAGCGAGCUGGCCGCUCCCACUGCCACCAGCUGCAAGUCCAUCCUGGUGUGCACUGGUGUAUACAAUCCCCACAUGGAGGCGCUGUCCGAGGAAGGCCGGAAGUUGCAGCAGGCUGCGUUCCACGGGCACCGUGACUUCCAGUUUGACCCGGUUCUGGUGGAGCCAGGGCAUAUCGUGCGGGACGUGGAUGAGGCUGUAGAACUCAUCUUCCAGCAGGAGAAGUUUGUGGCCCAGUAGCUCUAGAUCCCAGUAGCUCUAGAUCCCACUUUAUAAUGGAACAAGACCAUCGAGAUUAUUUGGGCCUUUCCAUAGCUUAGAUGGAUAAAAAGCCAUGUGUUGGAUUUGUUCAGUGUAUAUUCCAGAAAGGAAUAUGGGAAUCAAAGACCAGCCGUCAUUUAGACACAAGAUUUCAGACAUUUAGGACACUCUGAAGUAAGCAUUUUUAACGAUACAGUAAUGUAAGCUGUGUUUAAAAAUCCCCCAUUGUUAUAUUUAUCAAAAGAUGUUUCAGUCUUAAGAUUUAUUAUAUUGACAAGACACAUUUACAAAAGAUCUUUGACUAUAAAAUUUUAUUAGAUAGCUACAGAGUAGAUAUAAUAAUGGUUGUUAAUGUUAAAGCUAAAUUAAUAUUUUACUAAAUAAUGUUAAAAUUAUCUUUACCAGUACUAAUUUUAAAAUACCUGUUUAUGUAAAUGAGAGUAUUUUUUUCCCAGGCAUUUUAUUUCCAGUAAUUUCUAAGAGCUGCUCUGUAAUGUACAGGGAUCCGCACAGUGGCGUCUUGGUUGGUUGACGGGAGCUCUCUAAUGGCUUCGGUUUUUAAAGUCUUUCACAAUCCAAAAAUUAACAAAGGAGAGCGAGUUACACGGGCAGCUACACAAUUAAGGACAUCACAUUGUACUGUACUGCACUGCACUGAAAAGAGCUGGCUUUUGUAUAUGUGUUUAUAGACUUGGGUACCUGCAUUGAUCUGCCAGUACUUUUUUUUUUUUCUCAAUGAACUGCGUCUGACCUCCCGUGGGAUGUUAUGCAAUCCGCUGCAGUUCACGCGGUGGUGGAUUAAACCCAUUGGCUGCGUUUUAAUUGCGCUACAUUAAUUGAACAACAAGCAGCCAUUACGUUACAUUACAUUACAUUACAUUACAAGGCUGAAGCCAAGUAACACUGAAUAAUCUGCAGUAUUAAUUUAUCCGCGACGUCUUUAGUCUAAGUUGUGGUCAUCCUGGAAUUCAGAGUGCCUUGGACACCAGGCAACUGUUAUGGAAGACGUAUACAAAUAUGAAAAUUACAUUUAUUUUGAUAACUGCAUAAAAUGUUUCAUUAGUUUAA